AUGAAGGAAGUAUCAAUCUCACUGGAUUUAGAACAUCGACAGCAAGAUGAAAUUAGUAGUAUUGAAUCAAUCUAUGGAGAUAUCUUUACCAAUAUUACUCCAAGUGGAUUAGUAUGGAAUAAGAAACCUUCACCUCAUUUCCAAAUAUUAUUAACAUCCAAUGAGAAUCCAGAUAGACCAGAAGUUUCUAUUACUUUAGAUAUUGAAUUUACUCCAACUUAUCCUUUAUCAUCUCCUUUGAUUAAAUUAAUUAAUCCAAGUUCAAAUUUAUUAAAAGUUAAUUUAUCACAAUUAAAUUCUAAAAUUAAACAAUUGAUUAAAGAAUAUCCAGAAGAAGAAGUUUGUUUUACAAUCAUAUCAGAAUUGAAAUUCAUGUUGGAUGAAAUCCAAUCAACUACUGAAAAAGUGCUAUCUUUAGAAGAAGAACGUGAACUUCGAUUAAAGAAUGAAAGAGAAGCAUUGGAACAAGAAGAAAAACGCAAGAAACAAGAACAAGAAUUAGAAAGAGCCAAAAUGAAUCAAGAAUUAAAUGAACAGAUCCAAAAGAUUCAAGGCGAGUUUUUAGAUGAAGAAGAAGAUGGGAACCUGCUUUCAGAUGAAGACAGAGAACAUAAUAUUGAAAUUACUCGUAUUGAUGACUUGAUUCCAGAUCAAAUAGAUGAUUAUUUCGUAUUUGAAAAUCCAAUUGAAGCAAUUGUACCCAAUACUAGAUUUACAAUAAAGUUCAAAGCAGUACUGGGAUUCAUUAGUUAUAAAAGAAGAGGAAUAUUGACAUCAGUUGGGAAUCAAUAUAUUGUUAAACCAUACCUUGGAAAAGAAAUGGCAGCGAAAUUUAAAGCAAGAGGAAUUGAAGUAUCUUAUUUACUCACAGCCAUUAAUUUAAAUAAUAGACAUUGGCAAACAGAUAAUGGGAAACGAGAGAUUCAAGACUUAGAACGAGAAUUACAAUUAAUAAUGAGCAUAAAUGAUUCAAAUAUCUUAAAACUAGUAGGAUUCCAAAUUGAUAAAUCAACUGAUUGUUGGAAAAUAAGAUUAUUAACUGAGUUUUCAUUAGCAGCUGAUUCAUUAUAUGAAAUUCUCCCAACUGCUGAAUUCAUUAAUUGGGCAUUGGCUAGAACUUGGUUAAUUCAAUUAUUACCAGCUCUUGAAUACUUACAUAAUGCUGGAUUUGUGCAUAAAUUAUUAUGUCCCCUUACAGUCAUGGUAUUUUCUCAUGAUGUUAAUGCAAAUGCUCUGGAACUGAGUAUCAAUUCUAUCAAUUCGAAUGUUAAUCCAUUUCCCAAAAAGAUAUUGAAAUUAUGUCAUCCUUCAUAUGGAUAUAGAAUAUUACAAAUGCUUAAUAUGUAUCCUAAUAGUGAUAUAAGUGCUCCACUUGAACCUCAUUUUAUGCCUGAAGCAUGGAUAGCUCCAGAAUUGAAAUCUCCACAUUAUAACUCACAUCAUCAAAAAACAGAUAUUUGGGACUUGGGAGUAUUGUUCCUUAGGGUGAUGUUAGGAUAUGAUAUUCUUAAAACUACAUAUCCUACCCCCGAUUCAUUUCUAACCAAAUUCUCAGCUAAUGAAUUCACAGGAGUAGAAGAAUAUGCCAAUUUAGUCUAUGACCUAUUAUCGAAGAUGUUACAACCCAAAAUUUCCAAACGACCAACUCCACUCGAACUAAAUGCCGUGAAAUUCCUCCGUGAUGGCCCAGUAAUCAUGAAACUCCAAUCUACAUCAAGUGCAUCCCAGAAAAUCAAAGGAUCAGAAAUCGUAUCCCUGGAAUCCCAACCAAAUCAACCACCCACCACCACCUCCAAGGGCAGUCCUGCUAUCAAACAUGUUCAUAUUAAGGACAAUAGUCAAUUACGUAUCGACAGAGCAUCUUCAUCCUCACCAACACCACUACCACCCGAUCGUCGACACACAUUCUCACCCACCAUGUCAAACCUCUCCCGUCGUCGUCUUUCAAACCAAAACCAAUACCUUGGCGAAAACCUGGGGUCGAUCUUCUCGUCUCAUCUGAGGAGAAAUAUGGGUCGAUAUGAACGUGAUUUCGAAGAGGUUGGAAAAUUGGGAAAAGGGGGUUUUGGAGAAGUUGUAAAAGCCCGAAGCAGGAUGGAGGGGACUUUUUAUGCUAUUAAGAAAAUUAAACAUCGGGCUGAUAAAUUGGAUUCAUUAUUGAGUGAGGUGUUGUCAUUGGCGAGAUUGAAUCAUCAGUAUAUUGUGAGAUAUUAUGGGACUUGGGUGGAGGAGAUUGAGGAUACUAUGACAAGUGCGUCUGCUGUGGAUUCUGAAGAGGAAGAGAGUAGUGGAGAUGAAAGUGGGGAUGGAGAGGAAGGGUUUUCGGAUAGUUUUGAGACGAAGUUGGGUAGAUCGUCUUCGUUUUUGCCAAGUAUGGAUAAUUCAUUCCAGGUUGAUUAUAUUUCCAAUUCAUUUGAUCCUAGAAUUGAAUUUGAUGAUGAGGAUGAAAGUGAUGAAGAUGGUGAUGAUCCGUUUGUGUUUGCAAAUUCAACUGAUGCAGAAUCAAAUGCGGAAACAACAGAUGAUGAUUAUACGUCUUCGACAGCUCUGACUGUAUCCAAACGCAUGCCAACACAACGUGGUUCUGGAAUUAUUAAACGAGACCUGCCAAAAUCAAUACUUUAUAUCCAGAUGGAAUUUUGUGAAAAUAAAACAUUAUUAAAUCUUAUUGAACAAGGACUUCCGGGAAAUCCUAAUGAAUAUUGGAGGUUAUUCAGACAAUUAUUGGAAGCUGUUUCAUAUAUCCAUCGAGAAGGAUUUAUUCAUCGAGAUCUAAAGCCCAUCAAUAUUUUCAUUGAUAGGGUUAAUAAUGUAAAAGUUGGAGAUUUUGGUUUAGCCAAAAAUUCCCAAUUUUCAUCAGUUGUAUCCACCAAUAAUCAAGUUGCAACCACUCCAUCAGUUGCAUCACCAACGAAAGAUUUAUCCACGCUUGUAGGAACAUUUUUCUAUACUGCCAAUGAAGUUGCCACUGGUUCAUAUGAUGAAAAAGUCGAUAUGUAUUCCUUAGGUAUAAUUUUCUUUGAGAUGUGUUAUCCAUUAUCAACCGGAAUGGAACGAGUAAGGAUAUUGAAUGAUCUCCGAUUAAAAACCAUUGAAUUCCCGCUGAAUUUCUCCAAAAACCCAAAAUUCAAAACCGAAAAGAAAAUCAUUAAAUUAUUAUUAGAUCAUGAUCCCAAAGUCCGUCCAGGGGCCAAUCAAUUAUUACAAACGGGUUGGCUACCCGUUGAACAUCAGGAUCAGGUUAUUAAAGAAGCAUUGAAAUCUUUGGCGGAUCCAGCAUCUCCAUGGCAACAACAAGUGAGGGAAACUUUGUUUAAUCAGCCAUAUCUGUUAGCAAAAGAUCUUAUGUUUGAUUCACUGACGACCAAAUCUCAAGCUAAUCGGAUUGAAUCAACUAGUGAUUAUUUAUUGUUUUCGAAAUUGAUCCAAGAAUUAUUUAGAAUAUUUCAGAAUCAUGGUGCAGUUGAGAAUUUUAAUACUAAUAUCAUCCUACCCAAAGUCCCAUCCCAAUCACGAGAAUUAGUUUAUGAAAUCUUAGAUAGGAGUGGGUCGGUGCUUACACUCCCAUAUGAUCUUGUAUUACCAACUGCGAGAUUCUUGAGUCAUACACAAGUCACAAUCCCCAAGAUAUUCAGACAUGAUUUCGUAUAUAGACCAAAUGUCCGUGGAACGGGUAUACCUGAUCGCUACAGUGCUGUGAAUUUUGAUAUUGUGGGACAUAGCAAAUCGGAAAGAUUAGCGCAAGAUGCAGAAUGUUUGAAAGUUGUUGAUGAAAUCAUGCAAUUGUUUCCAUGUUUCCAUUCGAAGAAUCUGACGGCGAUUAUUGUGAUUAAUCAUUAUGAUAUUUUGGAUGCGGUGAUUUCAUUUGCAUUUGGGAAUAUUGGGAUUGAUGAGAAGAAAAAGAGUGAUAUUUUUGGGGUGUUGUCACAAUUAGGGAUAGAUAAAAGUACCGAAGAGAUUAAACGGUAUUUAAGAGAGGAUUUUAAGGUUCCACAUACUGUUAUUACUGAUUUGAUUGAUAGUUUUAAUUUCACUUGUGAAUUAGAAAAAGCCAGACAAAAAUUACAAAAAUUAAUGAUUGAUUCUCCAUAUUUGGUAAAAGUAGAACGAGCAUUUAUUCAUCUUCGGGAUAUGUUUUCAAUAUUAUCGAAAUUAGAUAUCAAGACUCUGAUAUUAUUCAAUCCAUUAAGUAAUUAUAAUAGUAAAUACUAUUCCCAUGGGAUAUUAUUCCUGGCAGUAUUCAAAGUUGACAAAUCAAGACGAUUUACAAGAAUAGCAACUGGAGGGAGAUAUGAUGGUCUAAUUGCCUCAUUCUCAAACAAAGACCUCAUCAUGACUUCCAACAAAUCAACCACUCCACAUGCUGUCGGAUUUUCAUUAACGACGACAUUAAUGAUGAUCUUGAUGAAGACACUCAUGACCCGGAAACAACAAAAACAACAACAACAUCCUGGUUCAUCCAAUUUAUUAAAAUGGCAUGGAAGUAGAAUGGACGUGUUGGUCACCUCGACUCAAGAAUCAUAUAUUACCCAAGGAGGAUAUGAAAUAUUACGGAUGUUAUGGUCACAUAAUAUAAAAUCAGAUAUGUUCUAUGGCCGUUCCCAAGAUGAAAUUUCCCAUCAGGCAUAUAUUGAUGGAGUUACACUCGUGGUGAUUAUCAAACAAUCUCCUUCAACAACUCAGGCAGGGAGAAGUCGGAAAAAAUCACAAUUCAAACCUAUUAAAGUUCGAAAUAUGAUAUCUGGUCGAGAAUCAGAUGUUGAUUAUGAAGAAUUGGUGACAUAUAUCCAGAAUGAACUUGAAGAACAUCAUGGUGGUGAUUUAGAUAUCGAUAGUAGUAGCAAGACCGAAGAUUUGAAUAUUGAUACCCAUACUGCUACAGCAGGUACUUCUGCCCCAUUGGAGGAUUUAUCACCAAUAUUCUCGAUGGAUAUUUCGCAAAAAGUGAUUGUCGUGCCCAAUGAUGCUCCAAGAGGUCGGAAAGCGGUGAAUAAGAGUCAGAAAUGGGAAGUGGAGAAUGAUGCCCAGAUUGCUAGUUCACAAUGUUUGAAAUCAAUAGCAGGGGCGCCGGUUAUAAGUAUAGAUGCGAGAGAUGAGAUCUUGGAUAUGAUAAGUAUAACUUCUAUUCAUCAACAGGAUGAAUGGGUGAGAAAAGUGGUUUAUUCGACAAAUAAUUUCCCCAAGAGUUUUGCGAUGAAUAUUUUGAAUACGUUGGUUAAAGAACAUGCAAAGGGGAAUAGUUGGGUUAUUUUGGUAGCUGCAAAGACCCAACAUACAACAAUUGUAGAUUUGAGAAGAUAA